AUGGUCUAUUACAUUCGUUUCUUAAAGCCUCCGAAAUUUCACCAGGAAAAGGAAAAGAAAAACUCCAAGCAAUCACGACCUCAACUGAAAAAAACCGUCUUCAUCACCGCUCUCAUCUGUAUCACGACCGAUCUAGGCGAUGACUUCCUUGCCGAAGACGUGGAUUUAGUGGCAACAUGGGCACAACGAUCAUCCCGACAGUCCAUGGACCAAUGCGCUCUAAAAUGGCAAGCAGGAUGUCGACAAGUCUCCAUCUCCAUGGGGCCUUAUUCAGUGGAUCAUGUAGCUCAACAUGAAGCGGUAUUACAGAUUCGAACCCAAGCUAUUCCACAGGUUAUAUUGGGGAUAGACAGCACGCCACUCGUAAUAUCGGGGUGUAGCGCUCACUUCUCAUGGCACGCGCAGUCGAAACCUGCAGAAAAAUUGGUUAAACGUGAAUUGAGAAUCACAGAUAGCACACCGGCUUUAUCUUUGAACAUAUGGGAGGAGACGGGGAAUAGUAUUGCUCGACAUAUUUGGGAUGCAGCGCUGGCAUCAAUCAUUUUUCUUAAUGAGAUUGUUGCUGGUACCAGCACUGGGAAUAUUGGUAUUCCCAUUCUGAGCCAGCUACUGAAUCCACUAUCACGCAGCUCACCCUUGCAAGUGGUGGAAUUGGGAGCAGGUUGUGGCAUUGUCGGCAUCGGACUAGCCACAAUGCUAGACCGGUGUAAAGUGCUCCUUACAGACCUCCCAGAAGUGGAGGAAAUAGUAAUGCGCAACCUAGAUGAAGCUCAUCUGAAGCCUUCCUCGACGGUGGAUUACAAAAAUUUGGACUGGGAUGCACCGCCAUCUGAUCUAUGCAGCCAGCCCAUUGAUUUAAUAUUGGUUUCCGACUGUACCUAUAACGCAGACAGUCUUCCUAGCUUGGUGUCCGUUUUGGGCCGAUUGGUCCGGACAUCCCCGGAGGCAUUGGUGUUGGUCGCAUUGAAGCGACGGCAUGAGAGUGAAGGUGUGUUUUUUGAUUUGAUGCGGAGUGCGGGAUUUAAGGCGCAACACACGACCAUUGAACUGCCUGAGCAACAUGAACAGAGGGAUAAGAUAGAGUUUUAUUGUUAUCGUCGUGCUGACGAGAGUGAGUGA